CCGGAUGAGAUCAUAUUCAUAAUUGCACGAUGAUAUAUACUCAAUUCCACAAACUUUAAUCAUCUUUUAUGGCAAUCCUUCUAAGAUUUUGCUGUAAAGAGACAAUCAUAAACAACAAAGCAUUCCCAAAUACUCUAAGCCUUAUGAACCCACCUUUACACUUAGCACACACAUCCAUUUUUCUUUCUUUAAACAAAAGCCUCCACCUUCUUCACUCAUCUCUAAAGCAAGAAAAAAGAGACAGCCCUCCAUUCCACAACUAUUAGAAAUAAGGGAAAAUCGAAAUCCUUUUCUUUCCAUCUUCAUAAAGCAAAUCCACUCCCAUCAACUCAUCACAUACACAUACCUUUCCCUCUCUUAUAAACCAUUUUCUUCUUUCUCCCCAAGUUUGGCAUCGUCCCCCCAACUCCUUCUUCGUUAAGCAAAUCAGCUCACCACACUCAUUCACCCUUAUAAGACUUCCUUUUCUUCAGGUGAUUGCAUCCUUCAAUUCUCUCUUCCACUCUGAAACUUGAAAAGAAACCCAACUGGUUCAAAACAACUCCUCUUUUGUGGAUAGAGAUGAGUGCUGACUGGGGACCGGUUGUCAUCGCGGUGGCGCUGUUCAUCCUCCUGUCGCCGGGGCUGCUUUUUCAGUUGCCGGCGAGAAUCAGGGUGGUGGAGUUUGGGAACAUGAACACCAGUGGGAUUGCCAUUCUGGUGCACGCCAUCAUUUUCUUCUGCAUACUCACCAUUUUGGUCAUCGCAAUUGGUAUUCACAUACACUUUUGACUUCAUCAUCUGCUUUGGCUACCUUCGCCAAAGGAAUUGCUUCCCUUUUUUUUCCUUCCCUUCUAGGAACUUAGCAUACUUCUGCUCCAUUUCCUGUUUCUUCCGUUUGAACAAUAACUUUCUAUAUUUUGUAAUCUGUCUAAAUGUAACCUAUAAUUUCCAUUCUUUUUGGGGGGUUAAUAAGAAAGAUAAAGUUCUAUAAAUAGUUUCACGCUGGUCACCGAGUAAUUUGAGCAAAAUUCUUCUCUAUUUCUAACUAAUCAAUAUCCAAUAGAUUCAUGUAGUAGUUCCUUUUUCUACGGAACGAACCAAAUUUGAACAAAUUUACUCAGCAAAUAUCCGCAGCUUAUCCGCACUAAGACGAACAUCUUCUCCCUGAGAUGCGUUAAAAUUUAUGAAAUCAAAGAAUAGAGGGAAAAUUUCUCAAGAAAAAGAAAUUCAUCGAUGAGAAAGAGUAGGUACAGAGCCCAAUGUUCGAUGUAAUUAGGUCUACACUAGCAAUUGUGGCAUAGGCGUAAGUAAAAUCCAAUUAACUUACAAAAUGCCUUUCAUCUCUUCCGAAUCUCCGACUACAAAUCGUAAAUACAAACAGAUCAAACAAGAUCCGCUCCGAAAAGAAACACAAGAAACAAGAUACAAAUAUCACCAAGAUUGCAGCAGCUUCACUUCGUAACAAUCUGGAAUGAAAAACGGAACAGAGGCGAGGGGAAGAGGUUACCGGAUCAGCCAGUGUAGAUGUGGACAUGGAGAGCGAGAAUGAAGACGGCGUAGAGGAUGAAGAAGAUGAGAGUGUGAAUGGCUAUGGCCUUGCCGUUGGUCUUCAUACUGCCGAACUCAAACUGCCGAUUAUUCCCCGGGAACUGGAACAGAAGCCCCGGCGAGAGCAGCACGAACAGUACAACGCCGAUCACCACUGGCGCCCAAUCCGACAUCGUUUCACAGAUACCGCUAUUCACUAAACCUCGAGGAGAAAUCAGAAGAAACUCGCGAAGAAGACGAAGAAGAGAAUUGGAAUUCAGCAGUGUUUCAAUUUUUUUCAAUGUUUCCGUAUUGACAUGAAAAAUAACGCUUUACUUCAGGAUUCGGAAAAUGUGGGAAUCCGAGAAUUUGUUUUGUAAUUACGAGAGUGACACUACACCCGUUAUUAAUUUACUAGGGGCUAGUAUUGUGUGCGGCGGAAGCAGACAUCUUGUUUUGCAAUCGUCCAUGGAGCCAGUAAGGUGAGUCAAAUAUGGGCCACGUGGCCCAAAUUUCGACGAUAAAGUGGGCCAGAGAGUGGGAUGGGCCACAGCAUGGCGGGUCGGUCUCGGUCGGCGCAGAAUAAGCGGGAAGUUAAAAAGGAAGAUCCGGAAAUGAUGGUGGAUAUAUGUGCUUCUACUUUCCAUUUUUCCAAAACCCUAUUUUUUUGACCAAUAAU